AAUCAAGAUGGAGGACGAACGUGCUAAGUUUUUAAAUUCUAUUUUAAAACGAGGACCAAACAAGAGGCGAAUCAAGCCUGCAGAGAAUAAUGAUCUACUUCAGCUUGCUCUUUGUUAUGAAGAUGGUAGUGAAGAUGACGAUGAAGAUUUUCAAAUGGGAAGUGAUGAUGAAGAUGAUGGAAGUUGGAGUGAGGCAGAGAGUGAUGAAGAAAAACAUAAUGUUUCACAAGAUCCAACAAAAUCAAAACAACCUGAUGCAGGAACACAACAAACAGGAAGCCAACAAACUAACAAUGAUGAAAAUGAUGAUGAGGAUGAUACAAGUGAUGAAGAUGAAGGUAGCUCUGGCUCCCCAUCCGAUAAACCAAGGAAAGUUGAAGACAUGAUGGAACAAUUAAAAGAAACAAAACCAAACAGUGAAGCUAAAACACCGCAAAAGAUGGUACAAAAUAAAACUUUAGAGUUUAAGGACUCACUCAAAGUUCUAAUUUGUGGUAUAUGUUUGGAAGACAAUAGUGAUGAGGAUGAUGAAAUUGUUGAAUGUGAUAAUUGUGGAAUCUCUGUUCAUGAAAGCUGUUUUGGGAUUGAUACCGGAGAUGAUGCAAACUCUAAUGACUCAUCAGACUCAGAAUCUUCUACUGAGCCAUGGUUUUGUGAUGCAUGUAAAAGUGGAAUCACUCCUGAAUGCGAGCUAUGUCCCAAUUUAGAUGGUAUAUUCAAAGAAACUUUGCGUGGACAAUGGGUGCAUCUUGUGUGUGCACUGUAUACGCCUGGUAUCACUUUUGAUAUCCCUGAAAAGCUUGAAGGUGUUGUUUUGAUUGACAUGCCAGCCUCAAAGUGGGGUGCAAAGGAAUGCAACUUGUGCGAGGACCCAAGUCUGAGUAGAACUGGUGUUUGUAUCGGAUGUGAUGCCGGGUUGUGUAAAACAUUCUUCCAUGCUUCAUGUGCACAAAAGAAAGGAUUAUUAUCUGAACUACCUGAAGAGGAUGAUGAGGAUGUGGCUGAUCCACUUUAUGCACAUUGUAAGCUUCAUCUCGAUAAAUCAAUUGCUAAGAAAAAGCGCCAGGCUUACUUAACGUACGUUUCUAACGUGAGGAAGUUUAAACAGAUUGAUGUCGAUAUGAACCAUAAGUCAAGGGUGGAGGAGUCGUUACAGGUCGCUAGAGAAGUUUAUAGAAAACAAAGGGAGGAGAGAACCCCACCGCCUGCUCCAAGAGAAAAAGUUGCUCGUUCAAUACUCUCUUGUCCAUCAGUUUUUCGUCAUUUACUGAAGAAGGCAGAGUUACUUGGAUUUGUUUCACAUCAGUCUGGUCUAACCAACAUGCGAAGAAAAUGGCAUAUUCCAGCUGCGCUCACAGUCGGUUUUGUCAACUACUUUUACGAACGCGGUAAUCGAAUGAAAAACAUGAAGACGAGGCUUGAAGAGUCGACGAGCAACAAUAAGAAACUGCAAGAAGAGGAACGAACGUUGAGAUUAAAAUAUGAGCAGUUGUCUCAAAGUACGAAGGAAGUGACGUCACAACGUGAAACUAUUGAAAACAAGUGUUUUGAAUUGCAUGAUUUGCUUUGUCAACUGGCGGGAAAGAUAGAUCUUCAGGAGAUAGAAUUGCCUGAUAUUUUAAAAGAAUUCAAGAGUAAAAAAGACGACGUUCAGCCCAAGGAGGAGUUAAAACUUAGCGUUUGCUCGAAGUGUGAGAAAUCAGACAACCAGCAUUUGAUGGUAGACUGUGACACAUGUCACAGUUACUAUCAUUUGGCAUGCGUGGAUCCACCGCUAACGAGGAUGCCCAAGAAAUCAAGUACAUUGUUGUGGCAGUGCACAGAAUGUGACAGCAGCAGUAGUGAAGAUGAGGACAAUAAAGUAGAUCCAAAUGAUAACACGUCACUUUUAGAAAGUCGACAAAAGCGUAACAUUAAAGAACCGACAAAAUUCACUCCAGGAAGGGAUCCUGACAAGAAAAAGAAAAGAACGUACAAACGGACUAAGAAGCAAGCAACGACAAACCCUGUUAAAUAUAGGAAAGUGGAGAAACCUAGACCGCGUAAAGCUCGUGCAGUUUAUAACAAAAGGAAGCCAGACGAUGUCAGGAGUACAUGUGAAACAUGUGGGAAAGCCGGAGAUAAUUCAAACCUCGUCAGAUGUGAUGAAUGUAAAAAUUGUUUCCAUUUUGGUUGCCUUGAUCCUCCAACUAAGACAAAUCCAAAACCAAAAGGUUACUCUUGGUACUGCACUGAUUGUGAUGACACGCCUGAGGAAGAUAGCGAAGAUGAAGAAACAAAAGAAGAAAACAAAGAUGAACGUCAGAAGUUAGCUGAGCAAGAAACAAACGACGAUGAUAAAAAAAACAUACCGAAAGUGGAAGCCAUGGAAACAGACGAAACAAACAACGAAAAAGAGUAGACUUUUUUACACCAAAGAAGAUUUCAUUUGUGUUUUGUCGAUUUUUUUACUAAACAGUUCUUUUAUCCCGGCAGUAAGCGUGUACUUACGUUCGCAUUACUAUACGAACUGUGCGUGUUGUUUUACCAGAACUGUACUCGCCACAAUUUAUUUCCGCAGUUAAUGAUUAACCAAGGCUUUUUUCAUUGUUACCCAAAUAAAUAGUGGACAUUCAAACUUCGAUCCAGGACGGUCGAUAAAAGGCUAGGAGAGUGGCAGCGUCUUCAAAUACCAACUACAAUUUGGUCAUAUAUUUGUUAACCAGCACACUGGCCAGACAGACUCGCAAUGGACAUAUCCUUGGUCUUAUUACACAUGGUUCACGGUUGAUAAGAUCUAGAAUCUUUUAAAUUUUACUCACCCAUUUUUCUCGAUUAUUUUUAUUUUGCACGCCUUCCUCGAUUGACAUGCCAUAUUACUGGUCAUUAAAAUUUUGACCUAUCACCGUUAUUUUGAUACG